GGCCUACCGAUGGGAAUCCCGCGGCCCGCCGCCAAGACCCAGUUGACUCUGACCAAUAAUGAGCAACGUGUUUCAGGAAAUUCUUCUCACGCACACAACGGCGGAAUUUUUGAGAUAAGCGACCCGCUCUUGCACCGCCUAAAGUCUUAGUUUCAUUCCGUAUAUCGGUGGUAAACGACUUUGCGACGCUCACUGGCAAUACCAUCAGGCAGUUUUUUUGGGCCGCCGUCAUCAAUAUCAAAAUGGGUGCUGUCAGGAAAAUCAAGACCAAGCGCAGGACCAGAGAUUACGAUCAGGUCCGCGCUGAUAUCGAAUCCUCCAAGCACCUUUCGCAAUACAAAGGUACAAAAGACGAAGAGGAUCUUCCAGGCCUGGGCAAGCAUUAUUGCGUCGAAUGCUCCAAAUGGUUUGAAAGCGAAUUCAACCUGGUCGGCCAUAAGAAGGGCAAGAACCAUAAGAGAAGGCUCCGCAUUCUGCGCGAAGAAGCUCAUACACAAAAGGCUGCUGAGGCUGCUAUCGGCUUGGGUACAGACAAUGGCGUGAGGUCGCAUGAGACCGUGGUCGAAAUGGAGGACUAGAAUCCAUCGAUGAUGUCAAAUUGGCCAUUACAAUGCUUGGUCGACUGUCAAUGCGAAGCAGCAUAAGCCCCAAAUCGUCUGCGAGAGCUCUCCUGGCAAGGUAUCUAAUCUCAAGGGGCUCGACAAAUUUUUCGCGCAUCUACGCCUUUUUGCCGUCGUUGUUUCACGGACGAUAUUACUGGCUGCGCGCGGACGAAAGUCACCCAAUCAGCGAUGGGCCAAAAUCGCAGUACUAUAACACGUGAA